UAUUUCCGCCAUCAGGAAAAAGAUAAACAUAGCAGGCGAAAGGACUGAAGAAGAGACAGAUUCUCGCUCUCAAGCUCAUUUUGGCGGAAGGAAAACCUGCCAGACGUUGACAUAUUUCAAGAUUAUACCUGCACGUGUGUUUGCAUGAGCUGACAAAGCGUGAAGAUACAGUGGCCCAAUGAGUCCAAACUGAAAACGUUUAGACGUCUGCUACUUCUAGAGAUCAAACCAGUUUCCAUCUAGAAGUCCCAGCUACUCUGACACGGAAUCAACUGGGACUUAUUCCUCACCAGCCCAUCAUUACUAGUACUGACGACAGGUCUACAGACAGAAGACCCACGUCCACGGAUCUGAGUGAUUUCCGUAACUCUUGGUGUACCUGCAUCUAUGGUGUGAGCGACUCAGCUGACAAGGAGACAAGGUUCGGAAUUUCUUUCCUCUGCUAGGUGUACCUGCAUCAGUGGCGUGAGUGGUUGCGCUGACAAGCAGACUGGCCCCCCUGCUCCCCCCACGACUAGCAGACUGGCCCUCCUCCUAACCCCCCUGCUGCACAGCCAGGGUCCAUGUCUGUCAGCUGGCGUCAGGAUGGUGAAGACGUUCCAAGCCUAUCUUCCCAGCAAGUGUCACCGCACGUACAGCUGUGUUCACUGCAGGGCACACCUAGCCAACCAUGAUGAGCUCAUAUCAAAGUCGUUCCAAGGCAGCCAGGGUCGGGCAUAUUUGUUCAACUCAGUUGUUAAUGUGGGCUGCGGACCAGCGGAAGAGAGGGUGUUGCUGACGGGCUUGCAUGCCGUUGCGGACAUCUACUGCGAGUGCUGCAAAACCACACUGGGCUGGAAAUAUGAACAUGCAUUUGAGUCUAGUCAGAAGUACAAGGAAGGGAAGUUUAUCAUCGAGCUGGCACACAUGAUCAAAGACAACGGAUGGGACUGACUCUCCAUCAUCCCCUCUCAUCAUUGAUCAUGUGAUCUGUUACCAUGGUUACAGUGUACUGUGUUCCCAAGUCAAGUAUGAUCGUGUGACCCUCCUCACGAUUGGACUGUCUUGACUGGGAAGAACACAAGACGGUUUAUUUAGAGUCGAUGGUGGCAAUGUGUCCGCAACUCGAACCGAAUCCACUUAGAGAGCUGAUUCUGGAAGAGAUUAGAUUCCGAGUUUGAGACUGUUUUUCAAAAUGGCAGACAUUUUUGUCUUGUCUGGAUGUCAAGUGGGCUGUGACAGCUUCAGCGGAAAUGUCAAGAUUAUCUUCAGACCUUUUUGUCGUCUGCAUAUUGUGAAGUACUUUUGUAAUCCGCACUUGUAGACAAAUCUUUGUGAAUGUACUUUCGACAGGCUUAAAGUGUGUUUUAAGAUUUGUCGUCGAAUGUAAGUCUGCAAAACUUGACCUUUUCAGUCUGCUUUUCUUUGGAACCUUCAUAAGAACUUGUGGUGAUGAUUCUAGGGGUUUUACAAUACGCCUACUUCACAUGGUCAGAUAUCGAAGCACAAAAUGACAUAUAUUGUGGUACUCAAUUCCUACUAUUUUUGUUUGAGAUUUUGUGUGGCCUGUCUGACAGUAUGUAGGUAUUACCAACCAGGUUCUGUGUAGUUCACAUGUUUCUUUACUUCAGGCUUGUUUCAAAAUUACUAUUAUAACAGUGAUACCAGAUUUAGUACUUCGUUUUGUCACAGACAGAAAUAUAAGGGUAGCCUUGGUAUUAACCUGGACAGGUUUUCUUGCAAAAUUUUAGAUAUUACUUUUCAAAGAAUAUUUAUUGCGAUUGUACAUACAUAGUAGGCGUAUCAUGGGUAUAUUUUCAAUAUAUCGAUAAAUCGGUGAGAUCUACGCCCCUUACAGAAACAGAAUCAUUCAUCCACAUAGAUUGAAGGAUUUCGCACAAUUCAGCUGAAAAGGUGAAUAUUAGUUGAUCUGUUUCAACAAUGCAGAUUUUCAAGAGGACGAAUAUGUGAACCUGUGUCGGACCUUGCGGAGAAAACUUCACUUGAACAUCAAACUCGGAUCAGCUCGUUAACUUAUUCCUGGACAACACCAGUGGGAGACCCUCGGGAGUUCCAUUGUGCUAAACGUUUCAAUUAUCUGUGAUUUUUCUUGAAAAAUGUUGUACAUAUCUGUAGUAGCGACACAGUGCUAUUCUUGUCAUCAAUAGUCUUCAGCUGUCGGUUGCCACGGUAACAGUUGUAUUGUUAGUCAGUCUGCACUGUGCAUGGUCAGCCAUUUUGUUUGUCAAAGGUGCUUUCAGUUCAACAGCUUGGCCAUAAUGUCCUUCAAUCAACUUUAUUCUGUAUGAAAUUUAGUGUUGAUGAAUAUGAAUAUUGUUUGGAUUUAGAAAAUGACGUAUGAAACAUAUAUUUCUCAGUGUAAAUAUGUUAUUUGCUUGCUGAUGACAGAAUUCAGUAAGUGAUACAUACCAAGUUGUGAUAAAACAUGACAAUUACGGAAUUUCGUAAUGGUCAUAUAACGUUUAGCAUUAUUCGGGAAGAAUGUUACUCUCUCUGACAAUAUACUUCAUAGUAAUAUUUUCAAUAGCUUCAUUUUCGAUGUGAUAGGUUUCAUACAAACAGACCAUGAUCUUUAGAUUGACCGGAGAUGGACAUUAACACUAGCCCUUACAGCAGUUUUGUUAACAAUAAGGGACUGGGGGGUAGCCCAAAGGUUAAAGCGUUCGCUCGUCACACCGAAGACCCAAGUUUGAUUCCCGACAUGGGUACAACAUGUGAAGCCCAUUUUUGGUGUCCCCCUGCUGUGAUAUUGUUGAAUUUUGCUAAAAGCAGUUUUAUAAGAUAAGAUAAAUUUCCAAAUGGUUUAUAGUGGUAAUGAUGAGUAUUGGGCUAGUAGACGCAAACAGUUAAUCUCCAUCCCUGGUCGUUACAUCUGUGUCGUGCAGGACUGGCGGUAGUAUUUCUCAGUUAGCGUGUGCAGGUUCCACCCUGAUAAGACCCAGUGGUACUGUGUUCUAAGUGACGUCAAUACAACCGUACACAACAA